CGGUGCCGGUUCCCGCCGCUCACACCCCGGAGCUGUCCGUGCCCCGGUGCUGCAGAGCCCCCGCCGCUCCGCUCCGCUCAGCUCCGCUCCGCUCUACUCCGCUCCCGCCAUGGACAACGGGGCUGCGCGGCCGCGCUGAGCCCCCGGCAGCCCGGACACCCUGAUUCCCGGGAACUCGGGUCAGCAGCAUCCCGACUCCUCCAUCACCCGGUACUUCGGCAUCCCGGGAAAUCACCUCCACCCUAUCUCGUCUUCCCGGGAGCUCACUACUCAGGCAUUCCAGGAACUCAGCUCCACGGCAUCCCAGCUCUCUGGGAACUCUUCUCCGCUGUCCUCCUCUCCGUUGGAAUUCGGCUGCCCUGCAUCCCGGCUGCCCAGAAUCUCCGUAGCCCGGCAUCCCGGGAAUUCACCUCUCAGCAUCUCGACUCCCUGGGAGCUCGGUACUCCGGCAUCCCGGGAACUCGGCUCUGCUGACGCCGGCUCCUCGAUAUCCUGGUGCUCCGGCUCUCCAGGAACUCACACCGGCAGCAUUCCUGAUUCCCGCACCCCAGCUCGGCAGCAGCCCCACACGCCGGCUACCACAGUCCGCGGGCUUCCUGGCCCCUCGGGACCGCGAUCAUGGCGUUCAUGGUGAAGAGCAUGGUGGGGGGACAGCUGAAGAACCUGACGGGUGGCCUGGGCGGCGAGGAGAAGAGCGAGGGUGAGAAGUCUCCGGCCGAGGCGCAGGGCAUGACCCGCGAGGAGUACGAGGAGUAUCAGCGGCAGCUGGUGGAGGAAAAGAUGGAGAGAGAUGCCCAGUUUGCCCAGCGCAAGGCGGAGAGGGCCACGGUCAGGUCCCACUUCCGAGACAAGUACAGACUCCCUAAGAACGAAACAGACGACAACCAGAUCCAGCUGGUGGGAGGUGACGUGGAGCUGCCCAAAGAGCUGGCCAAGAUGAUCGAGCAGGACAACGAGGAGGAGGAAGAGAAGAACUCAGUGAUCGGCCAGCUCAGCAACAUCCAGAACCUGGACCUUGAUUCCUUGAAAGACAAAGCUUCAGCCACGCUAGAGGACCUGAAGCAAUCGGCCGAGAAGUGCGCCGUGAUGUGACCCUGCGGAACUUCCCCUCCCCGUCAGCCUGACGGAGGGGGAGCAGGGAGGGGAUGCGGCCAAGGGUCUGGCGGUGGCUGUUGCCUGCAGCGGGGACCCCACUGAUGUUGUCACCCUUGCCUUGUGUGAGUCGGGUUCUCCUUCUGAGCCGCGUGAAGCCUCAAGUCCCCGACCCAGAUGUCCCUGAUGUGUGGUUUUUGUUUUGUUCUCCGGUGUGAGGUUAGAGCAGAGAGCCAGCAUGUCCCCAUCCCCUCCCCCCCUCACCACCAUACCCCAGCGCCUCCUCCUGUGCCCGGGGCAGCAAGAGCUGGAGGAGGGUGGGUUGCAGGGGAGAAAAGCCUCGAGUGACCUUGGACUGUUCUUGAACCGUGUCAGCAUGAGAAGGCAACAGCCAUAACGCCGUGUCUCUGCCUCCUGAGAGCGACAGGGAGGCUCCAGUUCGCUUUGCAAGGAUGAGGCAUGACACGAAAUGCUCUUCCCCCGUCCCCCAUACCCAUCACAUGAGAAAUAACAUCCCGUCCCUGCAAGGAACACCAACCAAUUUGCCCUUGAGGCCCCCUCUCCAAGGAGCCAGCCAGAAAGGACCUGCUACUUGAUCCCAUUAAGCUCAGCAGGAAGGGGGGUGCUGAGGACCAGAGGGAUGAAGCCUGAGAGGAAUAAAACCCCUCCCUGGGUGCUGAUCUGACCUCCUCCAGCCCUUCCCCAGAGCAGUUGUGGCACCACUCGCCCUCUCCCAAGGUGGGUUCCACUUGCAUCCUUGUUUGUUCUGGGAGAAGAACAAAGGCAUAAGGGGGGGGGGGGGGGGGGGGGGGGAAAUCUCAUCCUCCUCCUCGACUGUCGUGCUGUGGUUGUGUGCUGUGCUCAGCUGAGUGUCUCUCCACCUCCUAUGCUGUCCCCGUGUCAUGGUACUGUUAUAACCGGUGGAAUAAAUACCAGGAGAUGUCUAUGCA